CUGAUCCAUAGGUGACGCGAGCCCCGAUCUGUAUGCAAGGCUGCGUGUACAACCGAGUCGGCCUGACCGAGAGAAUCUCAUUUUCAAAUUCUCUCAACUGGAGAUGAUCAGUACACCAUGUCUAGCUCAUACGUUUCUAUGCCCUCACUGACGCUCGGGGUCCAUUGCGCCCGAGAGAUAUCGAAAUGACCAAGAUGCCUUGUUAUAUUAAUAAAGAGGCCCCGCGGUGUGAUACAUGCGUUCUCUGUUUCGACAAAAUGAAUUCGAAGGCCAUGUACCGGAAACUACCAUGUGGUCACAUCUUUCACAAACCAUGUAUCGACAAGUGGUUGUAUGGUGAGGAUGGGAGUUGUCCGAUGUGUCGACGGACAUUUUAUCAUCUUCGACUUCCGUAUUUGGUUGAUUAUUCUGGUGUUGGAGAUGAGGAAAAGAAAGAGGAAGGAGGUGGAGGAAUCUAUUUUGUUUUUGAAUUUCCUUUAACAAUAGAGUAUAAAGCUUAGAUGGUUCUGAAUGGUUUUAUAGUGGGGAAUAUGGAUUAUUGGGUUAAUAUCACUCCUCACGAUCUCUAAACAAAC